CAGUGGUGGAGGAUUCAUAACUCGUAAUCAGUGCCUGUGUUACUUCCAUCCAGGACUAAGCAGCGAGAGGACUCCGAGACAUACAGGCCUAAUCCUGAUCGAGACGACAACACGAGAUUGGAACUUAAACCGUCAUGAGAUCAUCAGCAGCUCCGUGUAUUGUGAUCCUUUUCUUCACUCUCUCCGCUUCAGGCUCCUAUCCCAAAGCACAGAAUGUCACUUGGAAAUCAACCAACUUUAAAACUAUUUUGACAUGGCAGCCAAAGCCAUCAUCCGAUUACUCCUACACAGUAGAAUUUUCUGCGCUUGGCGGCGACAAACAGAAGAACACUCACUGCAUCCGGACCUUCGGGACGGUGUGCGAUCUGUCCAGUUCUUUGACUGACUUGAAAACCUGCUACACGGCAGAGGUAUCGUCUGUACCCCUGCCUGGAGCCACCUCUGACCUCAUUGAGUUCCCCUACACCAGAUCACCACGAUUCUGCCCUUACCAAGACACUGAUAUAGGCAAACCUGAGUUCAAGUUGACUGUAAGUGAGGACAAAAGGACCACAACCCUGUAUGUGACUGACCCACUCACAGCCAUAUUCAAAGAUGACCGCCAGCUGAACAUCAGGGAUAUCUACUCUGACCAGCUACAGUACUUUGUCACCUAUCGGAAAAACAAGAGCACCGGCAAGAAAGACAAGACCUCGAAGAGUAAUGUGAUAGAGAUUACCGGACUGGACAGGGGAGAGAGCUACUGCUUCAACGUUCAAGCUUUCAUCCCCAGUCGCAACGGUGACAAGGACAAAGGAGAGCUUAGCAUAACCCAGUGCACUAAUGACGACCAGUCAUUCUUUAAAGUGUAUUCAGUGGGUGUAAUCGCCGCUGCCAUCUUCCUCAUCUUGCUGCUGAUUGGCCUCAUCGUUGCUGUCACAGUGGUCUGCUACAAAUGCCGGGAGAAAGCUCCGAAAACAAGGAAUGAAGAAUCAGAAUCACCACUGCGGGAUGUAUAGAGUUUGUUUUUCAUCUAAGAUCAAGUCUGACAUUUCAUUGUCAAACACUGGAAUCAACCGUUCUUUUAGUUUCUGUGAAACUGUCUCUGAAUAA